UUUUUUUUUUUUUUUAGCUUUGCCUUGAAUUGUUCUGAAAAUGAAUAUAAUAAGGUUUUUAAUCCCAAAGAAACUCAAAAGAUGUGCGGACUGACAAUAAUAUUGACUCUUUAGGCUACUGACAAGUGGUUUUACUAAAUUUAACUGAUAUCUAAUUUAAGGUUGUGGGUGUCUGUAGGCUAUUUCCACUAGGAGUUUUUGCUUCUUCCUCGAUGGCCAAGUUGGACACAAGCUUUAAAAGAUAUACUCUCAUAACAGAAAUACAUGACUUGUUUGUAAAGGAAUUGCCCUUCAUUCACAGGAGCAAAAUUACUAGUUUUUAUAUAAAUGAUUGGAAUUGUUGAAACUUGCUAAUAGCUGAUAAAUCGACAAAACAUUUGAUUCACCUUUAAUUAAAAACCAUACAUUGUUUAGGCACCCUUCCCGACCCAGGUUGAGAGACCCUUCCAGAGCUACCAAGAUGCUUCCGGAUUGGGAAGCCUCUGUACCGUUUCCGCCGCCAUUGCGGAUUUCGGACAUAAAAUCAGUCAUAACCAGUAGCCACUGCUUUCCAUCGAUGCAGCGCAGAGAAGGAACAGAUAGGUGGGACGUUACGUACUCAACACGUUUACUUGUUUCAGACUUUUGAAACACGACACGGCAUAUUACCUUGUAUCGUGUUGUAUUUUCUACUGACUGGCUUCGACCUACACGUACAGUAAGGAGGUCGUAGCUAGCACAAGGCUACUGCCUCGCUAACUAGCUGUACGGGUUGGCUAGAAUAUCAGAACUCCCGAGUAUUUAAAAGAAAACCACCAUGGCACAAAUUCUACCUAUCCGCUUCCAGGAGCACCUGCAGCUCCAGAACCUGGGAAUUAACCCAGCCAACAUUGGAUUCAGUACUCUUACCAUGGAGUCGGACAAGUUCAUCUGUAUAAGGGAGAAAGUAGGUGAGCAGGCCCAGGUUGUCAUCAUUGAUUUGGCAGACCCCAACAACCCCAUACGCAGGCCCAUCUCGGCAGACAGUGCCAUCAUGAAUCCUGCCAGCAAAGUAAUUGCCCUUAAAGCUGCAAAGACCCUGCAGAUCUUUAACAUUGAGAUGAAGAGUAAAAUGAAGGCUCAUACGAUGACAGAUGACGUGAGCUUCUGGAAAUGGAUCUCCCUAAACACUGUUGCCCUAGUCACAGACAAUGCAGUCUAUCAUUGGAGCAUGGAGGGUGACUCUCAGCCAGUCAAAGUCUUUGACCGCCAUUCCAGUCUGGCAGGCUGCCAGAUCAUCAACUAUCGCACUGAUGCAAAACAGAAGUGGUUGCUGCUCAUUGGCAUUUCAGCACAGCAAAACCGUGUUGUCGGGGCCAUGCAGCUGUACUCUGUUGACAGGAAGGUGUCUCAGCCCAUCGAGGGGCAUGCUGCUGGCUUUGCACAGUUCAAGAUGGAAGGCAACACUGAAGAGUCAACCCUUUUCUGCUUUGCUGUAAGAGGACAGGCAGGAGGAAAACUGCAUAUCAUUGAAGUUGGGACUCCGCCAACUGGGAACCAGCCAUUUCCAAAGAAAGCUGUUGAUGUUUUCUUUCCUCCAGAAGCACAGAAUGACUUCCCUGUUGCCAUGCAGAUCAGCUCCAAGCAAGAUGUUGUCUUUCUCAUCACCAAAUAUGGUUACAUCCACUUGUAUGACCUGGAGACCGGAACAUGUAUCUACAUGAACAGGAUCAGUGGGGAGACCAUUUUUGUAACUGCCCCCCAUGAACCUACAGCUGGUAUCAUUGGAGUCAACAGGAAAGGACAGGUGUUGUCGGUUUGUGUGGAGGAGGAAAACAUCAUUCCCUACAUCACCAAUGUCCUCCAGAACCCAGACCUGGCUCUACGUAUGGCUGUCCGCAACAAUCUAGCUGGUGCUGAGGAGCUGUUUGCCCGCAAGUUCAACACGCUCUUUGCAGCAGGGAAUUACUCAGAAGCAGCCAAGGUGGCAGCCAAUGCACCCAAGGGUAUUCUGCGGACCCCAGACACCAUCCGUAGGUUCCAGACUGUUCCAGCCCAACCAGGCCAGACGUCUCCCUUGCUCCAAUACUUCGGAAUCUUGCUGGACCAAGGCCAGCUUAAUAAGUUUGAGUCUCUGGAGUUGUGCAGGCCUGUUCUCCAGCAGGGACGCAAGCAGCUACUAGAGAAAUGGUUAAAAGAGGACAAGCUGGAGUGCUCUGAGGAACUUGGAGAUUUGGUGAAGUCAGUAGAUCCUACUCUUGCCCUUAGUGUCUACCUAAGAGCCAACAUCCCAAAUAAGGUGAUUCAGUGCUUUGCAGAGACUGGACAGUUCCAGAAGAUUGUCCUCUAUGCCAAGAAGGUGGGCUACACUCCAGACUGGAUUUUCUUGUUAAGGAAUGUAAUGCGGCUCAGUCCAGAACAGGGCCUCCAGUUUUCCCAGAUGCUGGUUCAGGAUGAAGAGCCACUUGCUGACAUUACACAGAUUGUUGAUGUGUUCAUGGAGUACAACCUCAUUCAGCAGUGCACAUCUUUCUUACUUGAUGCCUUGAAGAACAACAGGCCCACGGAAGGUCAACUGCAGACACGACUGCUGGAAAUGAAUUUAGUCCACGCACCACAGGUUGCAGAUGCCAUUCUCGGAAAUCAGAUGUUUACCCACUAUGACCGCGCCCACGUUGCACAGCUGUGUGAGAAGGCUGGUCUCCUGCAGAGGGCGCUGGAGCAUUAUACCGACCUGUAUGACAUUAAACGUGCUGUGGUGCACACACAUCUUCUCAAUCCAGAGUGGUUGGUGAAUUUCUUUGGUUCCUUGUCAGUGGAGGACUCUUUAGAGUGUCUGAGGGCAAUGCUAUCUGCAAACAUCCGUCAGAACCUGCAGAUCUGUGUCCAAGUCGCUUCCAAGUAUCACGAGCAGCUCUCUACACAGUCCCUGACUGAACUUUUUGAGUCGUUCAAGAGCUUUGAGGGUUUGUUCUACUUCUUGGGAUCCAUUGUGAACUUUAGCCAAGAUCCAGAGGUUCACUUCAAAUAUAUCCAGGCUGCCUGCAAGACAGGCCAGAUCAAAGAAGUGGAGAGAAUCUGCAGAGAGAGUAACUGCUAUGACCCUGAACGUGUGAAGAACUUUCUUAAGGAAGCCAAGCUCACUGACCAACUGCCCUUGAUCAUUGUAUGUGACCGCUUUGAUUUUGUCCAUGAUCUGGUCCUGUACCUGUACAGGAACAGCCUGCAAAAGUACAUUGAGAUCUAUGUUCAGAAGGUGAACCCCAGCCGUCUCCCCGUAGUCAUUGGAGGGCUACUGGAUGUGGAUUGUGCAGAGGAUGUGAUUAAAAACCUGAUAAUGGUGGUUCGAGGACAGUUCUCCACAGAUGAACUGGUGGCUGAAGUGGAGAAGAGAAAUCGGCUGAAGCUGCUGCUGCCUUGGUUGGAGGCUCGUAUUCAUGAAGGUUGCGAGGAGCCUGCGACCCACAACGCCCUGGCCAAGAUCUACAUCGACAGCAACAACAACCCUGAACGCUUCCUGAGGGAGAACCCCUACUAUGACAGCCGGGUGGUUGGCAAGUACUGUGAGAAGCGAGACCCCCACCUUGCCUGUGUGGCUUAUGAAAGAGGACAGUGUGACCAGGAACUGAUUCAUGUGUGCAAUGAAAACUCACUGUUCAAGAGUCUGUCCCGCUACCUUGUACGUCGCAAAGACACGGAGCUGUGGGCAAGCGUGCUGCUGGAGACCAACAAUUACAGAAGGCCACUUAUUGACCAGGUUGUCCAGACAGCUCUGUCUGAGACCCAGGAUCCAGAGGAGGUGUCUGUCACAGUCAAGGCCUUUAUGACUGCCGACCUCCCCAAUGAGCUCAUUGAGCUUCUGGAGAAGAUUGUCCUUGAUAACUCUGUCUUUAGCGAGCACAGAAACCUCCAGAAUCUUCUUAUCCUGACAGCUAUUAAAGCUGAUCGUACACGUGUUAUGGAGUACAUCAACCGUCUUGACAACUACGAUGCCCCAGACAUUGCAAACAUCGCAAUAAGUAAUGAACUGUUUGAAGAGGCUUUUGCUAUUUUUCGAAAAUUUGAUGUCAACACCUCUGCGGUGCAGGUUCUGAUAGAGCACAUCAGUAACCUGGAUAGAGCUUAUGAGUUUGCUGAGCGCUGCAAUGAGCCACCAGUGUGGAGUCAGCUGGCAAAAGCCCAGCUCCAGAAAGGCCUGGUCAAAGAAGCAAUUGACUCUUACAUCAAGGCCGAAGACCCCUCUGCUUACAUGGAAGUGGGACAAGCUGCUGCCCAAGGUGGAAACUGGGAGGACCUAGUGAAGUUUCUUCAGAUGGCUCGUAGGAAGGCCCGUGAGUCUUUUGUUGAAACAGAGUUGAUCUUUGCCUUGGCAAAGACAAACCGCCUGGCUGAACUGGAAGAGUUCGUCAAUGGGCCCAAUAAUGCUCACAUUCAGCAAGUGGGUGACCGUUGCUAUGAUGAUAAAAUGUACGAGGCAGCUAAACUGCUUUACAACAAUGUGUCCAACUUUGGCCGCCUGGCUUCCACGCUAGUGCACCUGGGAGAGUACCAGGCAGCUGUGGAUGGAGCUCGCAAGGCCAACAGCACCCGUACAUGGAAAGAGGUGUGUUUUGCAUGUGUAGAUGGGAAAGAGUUCCGCCUCGCCCAAAUGUGUGGCCUGCAUAUUGUUGUUCAUGCAGAUGAACUCGAGGAACUCAUCAACUACUACCAGGAUCGAGGCUACUUUGAAGAGCUAAUCACUAUGCUGGAGGCUGCCUUAGGUCUAGAGCGUGCACACAUGGGUAUGUUCACUGAGCUGGCUAUCCUGUACUCAAAAUUUAAACCCCAAAAGAUGAGGGAGCACCUGGAGCUUUUCUGGUCCCGUGUCAACAUUCCAAAGGUUCUUAGGGCAGCAGAGCAGGCCCACCUUUGGGCCGAGCUUGUGUUUCUCUACGACAAGUACGAGGAAUAUGACAAUGCCAUCAUCACCAUGAUGAAUCACCCAGCUGAUGCAUGGAAGGAAGGCCAGUUCAAAGACAUUGUUACAAAGGUGGCCAAUGUUGAGCUGUACUACAAGACAGUACAGUUUUAUCUGGAGUUUAAACCAUUGCUACUCAAUGACCUUCUCAUAGUUCUCUCCCCAAGACUGGACCACUCACGUGCUGUCAACUUUUUUAGCAAGGUGAAACAGCUGCCUCUGGUCAAACCUUACUUAAGGUCUGUCCAAAAUCACAACAACAAGUCAGUGAAUGAGGCACUCAACAUCCUCUUUAUCAACGAGGAAGACUAUGCGGCACUGCGUACUUCGAUUGAUGCCUAUGACAAUUUUGACAACAUUUCAUUGGCCCAGGGCCUGGAGAAGCACGAGUUGAUUGAGUUUAGAAGGAUUGCAGCCUAUCUUUUCAAGGGCAACAACCGCUGGAAACAAAGUGUUGAGCUGUGCAAGAAGGACAAGCUUUACAAGGAUGCCAUGCAGUAUGCAUCAGAGUCAAAAGACACUGAGCUGGCAGAGGAGCUUCUGGCUUGGUUUCUAGAGGAAGACAAUAAGGAGUGUUUUGCAGCCUGCCUAUUUACCUGCUACGACCUACUGCGGCCUGACGUGGUGCUGGAGACCGCAUGGCGACAUAACAUUAUGGACUUCUCAAUGCCAUACUUCAUCCAGGUCAUGAGGGAGUAUCUCUCAAAGGUUGACAAACUGGAAGCCUCUGAGUCCUUGAGGAAACAGGAGGAGCAGGCUACCGAGUCUCAACCCAUUGUUUAUGGCACACCCCAGCUAAUGCUCACAGCAGGGCCCAACGUGGCGGUGCCUCCUCAGCAGGCUUAUGGUUAUGGCUACACGGCACCAGGAUAUGGUCAGCCACAGCAGCCCAGCUUUGGUUAUGGCAUGUAAACAUCACUAACCACGCCCCCUGACAAAAUCUUAAACCCACACCUUCUUUCCAUUUGUCUCUUUGUGUUCCUCAAAAGCUUCCCAUGGUCUUUUACUCAGAAUGAGCAAACAGCAGGCCACUCUGGUUUGAAGUAUUUUUAUGAUGUCCUGUUACAAGAGAAAAUUUAACUGCAUUGAAGGACUGCAUUGUUUAAGAAAAAAAUCACAUUCCAUAUUAAUGACUUUUUAUUUGGAUUGUUUUGUGUUUAUGUUUGUCUUUUUUAUUGGUUUAUGUUUUGUGCAGAAGUGGACAUGCUCAAGCUCAGCAAUGAACAUUUGAAGUAGGUGGAGGAGCACUGGAUUUUGCACUUGUGAAAACGUUAUUGUAGAGAAGCUCUUAAUUUUGAUGUACUGAACAUGUGAACAGCUUAAAAUGUCUUGUUUGUAUGUAUAAUAUAAUAUAUUCUGAGUAAAAGAUGGGGUUACGUAUAAAAUUUCAACAUAUAUCGCCAUUUAAAUGGCUGUAGCUAGCAACACUAAGUAAUGAUAUUAUAUUCUGCACAGGCAUCUAGCUUUAUGGAGUUUAAAACUUACUAACAGAUGAGAGGGAUGUAUGAGGGUGUGUUUGUCUUUUAUGUGUGGAUGUGACUCGAUGGUCUUAAUAAAAAUUGUACCUCCUUUCUGCCUGUGCUGGGCUACCCCGAUCCACCCUUUAGAUGUAAGCUCUUCAAUAGCCUCAUCAGGUCCAUGUGCCGUGCUUUGUGUGAGACUGUAUCUGUAAGUGCAAAGACAGGCUACCACACCCAAGGGCCCUUAAAUCUUUAACUGUACUGUUUGUGUGUAUGUAUUUACUCCCUCCUCUUACUGAGGCCUGUGUAUGCCAGGUGUUGUGCUGUUUCUCUUUCCCUUACUUUUUUCCGUGUACAGAUGUGAACAUGAUGAAUUGCAAACUUUUAGAUGGAGACCCCCACUAUUCCACCUUCCACUCAGUUUCCUGUUCUAUCUCCUCCCUCGAUGAGCAUUAGCAGUUAUUACAAACAAUGUGGCAAAAGAAGACAACCUUGUUAAACCUUUGGUGUCCUAAUGCCAGCGAAAUGAGAUGGAUUUACACUUGUAUAUGUUGUGUGUUUAGAUGGUUAAGAUUAAUAAAUGAUGUCUCAGUACAUCUAGUUCUUUGUCAAGAAUGGUCCAAGAUAAGAGAUUGUAUUUACCUUGAUGUAACUUCCUUACAUGAUUUAAGCUGUGUGUAAAGUGUCAUCCUAAUCUUAACCUAAAUUGAGUUCCUUUUUGUUGUCUUGCAUACUACAAAUAAAUGUUUCCUUUCAAUAAAAGUGGAAGGAAAAUAAAAUAAUAGACUCAAUAAAAAAUGUAAACUUUA